CUCGCAGGAGCUCUAGCUAAAGGACUGCGGGAUGGGCCACAGGGCCGUGGGAAAGCAGCUCGGGCAUCUUUGCUGCCAGGAGCAGCGUGCAGCAGCUGCGUGUUGUUUCCAUUCUCGCCGGUUUCGGUGUUGGGCAGCUUCGGAAGGCCAGGGACCAAACGGGGAGCCGAAGGCUGCGGUUGCAUGUCUUUAUUCCUGCUCAUAGAGCCGGCGUUUGCCAAUUCAUCUGGGGUGUUUACACCUCUGGAGUUCUUUAAUGAAUCCUUCGUGUCUCUGACUGUAACUGGUUCAGGACAAAACAAUGUACCAAAGCCCAUGUCUUUGUAACUAUGGAGGGUGGUUAGAAGUAUUAGUCUGUUUUCUUGGAAGUUUUUGAUUUUUCCUGUCCUUGCAGGCUUUUCAGAUGUCUUCUUUCAGAAGAACUGCACCUGGAAUACUAUGACAGCAAAGGGUAUAAUUGGGAAUGUAUAGAUGCUGUUGAACUCAGCAGAACAGUGGGAAAAUUGGCUGAUUCAGCUGAAAGCUUUAAAUGCAGUAGCAAAAGCAGCUUUGCUCUCUGCUUUCAAGACCACAGGCUCUCAAGCAGCACCUGCCUUUGGAAUGGGAGGACAGCAAACCUCAGGCUUUGGGCUGUCAAGCUUUCCAGUGAGCAGCAGCAGCAGUACCAGUGCCAGCAGUUUCUCCUUUAAAGCCAGCUCCAGCCUCGUCAGUUCAACAUCGUCUGGGAGCAGCCCUGCUGCUGGGAGCUCUUCUGCUGCUGCAAAUCCUCCUGCAUUUGGGACAGCAUCCUCUCCUAGCGCAGCCCAGUCCGUUGGCUUUGGCAGCCCGGCCGCUCCCUCCGCAGCCUCCUUCUCCUUUAAAGCAGCUGCCCCGGCUGGUGGCUUUGGGACUUCUGGCUUCUCAGGCUUUGGCAGUGCUUCUGCUGUGAACUCUGCAAGCACCACUCCAGCAGCCUUUGGAGCCUUUGGUGCCAGCGGAGCCACUUGUGGCUCUCCUUCAAGCGGUACUUUAUUUGGACAGAGCGCCAGUGCCUCUGGCCAUCCUGUCACCUCAGCGUCUGCUGCAGCCACCAACUCCAGCCCUGCCUCAGAGAAGUUAUUCACACCCAAGAGCGAACUGUCAGCUGAAGAGUGGCAGCAGUUUGAAGCAAAGGAGUUCACAAUUGGAAAGAUUCCUAUUAAGCCACCACCAUUAGAACUUUUAAAUGCUUUCGACCUUUUAAGUUUACUCUGAAAUGUUAAUUUUUAUUUCCUUUCUCAAUUCUCUUCUGCAGAAACAAAUGCACAAGUAUAAACUUUUGAACCUUAUUUUGGGAUGGACUUCAUGCAUCUGAAAGAUGAACUGUUGAAACUAAAAUGCCUUCUUGUAUGCUGUCCUGUGAAAUUCUGUACAAAGACUUUAUGAAAAAUAUGGUGUCAAAGAAUGUUUCAGUCAGGUAUUUAAAACCUACUCUUGUAUCAAUGUAUUAUCUCCAGAUGUACACUCUGUGGGAUGUAGGACUGGCCAUGAAAGCUUUUUUCCCCAUUGCCCCAACAAUUGUUAUUGGACAUUUAUUGGUGAGCCCUUCCUGACAGUUAUUACUGAAUGUGUGCCUUUGCUGUCUAUCAAAAAAUCUGUUGUUUUAUUCCCCAGCUUUACUGAAACUAGAUGAUCUGUAAGGGAUGUCUCCAAAAUUUCCUCCAGUCCCCUUCACUAAUUAUCAAAAUCCUCCAUCUUUAAGUUCACCCUUCCUGUCCAUGAAUGGCACAUGGAUUCAGGUCAAAAGGAGGGGCCACUUCAGACCCUACAACCCCUGCCUUUUUGCCUUCUCUAAUACCAUUCUCUUCUCCAUAUUAAAAGGGGUUCAAUAUAGCCUACAUAUCCCACCAAUUAGGGUUAUGAGUCAGCAUGAUAUUUUCCAAAAGCUGAUACAUUCCUUCAGGAUUCUCUCAUUAUGAACCAACAGAUCAUUUCCAAUUCAAAAAAUCAAAAGUAGUACAAGGAACAUAUCCAGAAAAAAAAAAUGGCUGGUGCUCUGCCGCCACUGCUUUUCUGUGCUUUUGAGCUGUAUCCUCUUUAUCCAUUUCCACCCUGCUGUUUUAGGGGUGUGGAAUGAAGGGAACUAACAUUUACACAUAAAACCUCAUCCCCUUUUCCAACAUCCAUUGUAAAAUAAUAUUAAUCUUCAAUGACAUUUUCCCCAUACUCCAAUUUAUAAAAUGGCCACUAGUGAUGACAAUAUCUCUUCAUUUUCUCUUUAGUCACUGGUUCUCCCCUAAACACAUUCCUGAACACAGUUUUUGGGGAUGCAUCCUAGACAGCUAUGGGGAAGAAUUGUGCAUUGGCAUGUUCUCAUAAUUUAAUUUAAUAACAUUCAAGUUACACAAUUCCUUUACCCUUAGGUCAAGACCUUCAAUAGCUACAUGACCCUAGUCCCCCUGACUGGUUACACUGAUAAACAUACACCAUUUGAAAGAGGAACACUGGUGCACCUACCAAUCCAAGAAUUCUAUUCCCCUUUUUGCAUUUACUUGAGUCUCUCUGCAGCAUUGCACCUUUGAGUUGCUCACUGCCUUGGGACUGGAAAGGAUUUGAUGGAGUCCAUGAUUAGGUCAUCAGUAUCUGCUGCAGUCCUGUCUCAUCCAGUUCUCCAUUGCCAGAGGAAGCAAGAUGGUCUAGUCAAGGCUUUUGGCCAUGUCACCUGGGUACCCAGAACUCCCAAUAUGGAUUCUACUGCGUGCAAGAAGCAGAUUUGCACACAGGGUAGAGUUUAUAGAAUAUCCUGAAUUGGAAGGGAUCCACAAGGAUCAUGGAAGUCCAACUCCUUGCACAGGGCCAUCCCCAAGAGUCACAUGUGCCUGAGCUCUGUCAAGUUGGUGCUGUGACGAUUUCCCUGGGGACCUUUCUCCAGCGCCCAACCAGCCUCCGGAUGAAGGACCUUUUUCUAAUACCCAACCUAAA